AUGGUGCGAAGUUGGGCUGUGGGUCCGUCUCUUUCACUUCUUGGGUUACAGUGCAAGCGUGUGACGUCCGCUCCACAUGACGGGGGCGGGGGGCGGGCGCCGGGGGGCGGGGGCGGCGGGCCAGGCCCUCCCCGUGCUUCUCCGCCCCUUCCCGCCCCGCCCACGGCCCUCCUCCUGGCAGCCCAGCAACAAGCGGCCACCGCCCCCACGCCGGGGCGGGCAGGUUCCGACCUGAAUCUGAAAGUGCUUCUAAAUCCCAUGCUUCACAGAACGUUCGGAGGGGGAGGCGCUCCGUGGGGGCUGCUGCGUGCCCAUGUAGCCGAACUGACUCGAAUACAAGCGUGUCCACGUCUACAUUACACAUCUGUGUAAAUGCAGAAGCCUGCGGAUGCGCGGGGCUGGCCAGACUUCAGUGUGCAGACACAUGGGCUCAUGCACGCGCGCGCGCGCUCGCUCACACACACUCACACCCCAAAUUACCUCCGGGAUGGAGAAAGCCGCUGCGGAUUGGCCAGCAGAGCCGUCACUCACGCCCAGGGGGCAGGGAGACUUCGCAAAGCUGUUUCCUUUUUUUUUUUCCUCCUCUCCUCCCUACCGUUUCAUUUAAUGGUAAAACAACAGCAGAGCUCUGAAAGUUAGCCAUCUGCGCAGAGUUUGCCUUCUUUAAGUAGGGAGGCGUCAGACGAUAUCCAUUUAAAUAUAUUUUGUACUUCCACAAAGGAUGGAAAGAGAAAUUAACCAAGGGAGUGGAGGCGGAAAGGGAGCUCCGAGUAAGAAGGAGGGGUCAUUCCGCGGUUCGGGGGGGGGGGGGCGGGGGCCGACGCAGGGGAAAGAGUUGCUCUCUACAUCGAAAAGAGACUUUGACCUUCCAUUGAUCUCGAAAUUAAAAAACGUUUCUUCACAG